GAGAAAUCGAUGUUCAUGCCAUCGGGUUGGAGGCUACCCAGACGGAAUGUAAGGUGUAGUUCCUUCAGCCUGAAGCGUAGCCUCAUCACAACAGUGGAGGAGGACAUGGAUGGACAUACCGGAAUGGGAAAGGAAAAUACAAUUAAAAUGGGUGGCCACUGGGAGAUCCCGCUUUUUCUGGCGGACGGAGCGUAGAUGCUCGGCGAGAUGCUCUCCCAAUGUACGUCGGGUCUCACUGAUAUACAGGAGGCCACACCGGGAGCACCGGACACGGUAAAUGACCCCAACAGACUCACAGGCUUCGUGCACCUUGGAGGACUCCGCACAGCUCUGUACAAUUACUUAUUCGCCAAAAAACAUAGAGGCCAGUUUAUCUUACGUAUAGAAGAUACUGAUCAGAGCCGUCUUGUACCUGGAGCAGCAGAAAAUAUUGAGGAUGUACUGGAAUGGUCAGGUAUCCCCCCUGAUGAAAGCCCACGUAAAGGAGGCCCCUGUGGACCAUAUCAGCAAUCGGAGCGACUGGAUCUGUACCUGAAGGCAGCUGAAACUCUAGUGGAGAGGAAUGCUGCUUACUAUUGCUUUUGCACUCCCUCCCGUCUGGAAAUACUGAAGAAGGAAGCACUGAGAAUGAGGCAAACACCAAAGUAUGACAAUCGCUGCAGGCACCUUACUUCAAAACAGAUCGAGGAGAAAUUGGUACAAGGGUGCCCAUAUGUUAUCAGAUUCUGCCUGGACAAGGGUACAGUGUCCUUUGAAGAUCUGGUGUAUGGAACAAACAGGAUGGAGCCGGCCAGUGUGGAAGGAGACCCUGUCAUCAUUAAGGCAGAUGGAUUUCCGACCUAUCACUUGGCAAAUGUUGUUGAUGACCAUCACAUGAAUAUCAGCCAUGUUCUGCGGGGUACUGAGUGGCUAACUUCCACUGCCAAGCACGUGUUGAUGUACAGAGCCUUCGGCUGGGAUCCACCAGUUUUUGCUCACCUUCCUCUCCUCUUGAACAAGGACGGCAGCAAGCUGUCUAAGCGUCAGAGUGAUCUGUUCAUUCAGAACUUUUCCCAGAAUGGGUACCUCCCAGAGGCUUUACUGGACAUUGUUACGAACUGUGGUUCAGGCUUCUCAGGAAAUCGGCCAGGUCGAACUCUAGAAGAAUUAGUGAGUGAGUUUGAUGUGACCAGGAUCAUAACUCACUCUGCACUCCUGGACCUUGACAAACUGCCAGAGUUCAACAGAAUUCACUUGUUGCGCUGCAUUGAAAAUAGUAGCUCACGGCAGCAAUUGGUGAUGGAGCUGCAAACACUGGUAGAGAAGGUGUACAAGGACAAUCUGCCAGAGGGUAAACCCCUGAGCACAGACUAUGUGGAACGGGUGCUGGUACACCGGAAGGGGCACAUCACUUCUUUGCUGGACUUGCUAAAACCAGACUACUCCUACCUGUGGAUCCGCCCUCCUGUGCCACGAGAGCAGAUGGAGGAUCUGACAACAGAGGCAGUGAAAAUCUGCAGCAUGGUGUUAAGCCUAUACCAGAACUGUUCAAACGUUCAUGGGACCCCAGCAGAUCUGAAUUCAGAGCUGAAAUGGUUACAGACACAGUUGACAACCACCAAAUACAGUGCCAUGAUGAAGCUCCUUCGACUGGCUCUCAGCGGGCAGCAGCAGGGACCAAGUGUAGUUGAAAUUAUGCUGUCCUUGGGACCUAAAGAGGUGUGUGAGCGACUGCACCGAGUGAUUGUUCAGUGAGCGUGGGUGGCCUUCUACCACCUGUACUCUUGACAGGUUGUCCAUGAUGUAUUCUUCAAUCUGUACGACUGCUGAUGGAACAUCCAGGAAGGGAAAACGUGAACGUCCGAACAUUUUACGCUUCUGGGUGAAUCUACCUGGUAUAAUGAGAAGCUGCAUUCACGGCGCUGCUUUGUGAUUACAGCACACUGGUCAGGGACCUGGGCUUCAGCUGCAUCGGAGUCCAGCAGAGAAGGGAAAGACUUCCAUCCCCACAGGGUAAUCCUUAUGUUACUCCUGCUCUUGGAGGAGUCUCAGAUCCAUGACUUCAGGAUCACGUGUUGUUCAUGGGACUUUGAUCAUCUGAUAACCAAGAAUACCAAAUCACUUGCUGUGAGGACUAUUGGUAUCAAUGGAUUAACAGCAGAGAUAAAUAUCAUUUAAUGCAGCUGUUCUGUGCUCCACACCAGCCUCCUGCUUCACAUUAUUUUUUAUUUAUUUCAUUCUGUUCUUUUCUCCCUUGUGUCUUCCAAAUAAAGACAUUGGUUCUAUUUCUAAUGCCCUAAACACCAGCAGCAUAACAGGCAGUAACUAGCUAACUAUCUCUAAAGAGAAACACAGACUUACUAUGCUUUGAGUUAAAUAGGUGUCUGGUGAGUUCUUUACUGGAUUUAUUAUAAAUAAUUUAUAUUUAUUAUCUUAUGUUUUUCUCCUUUUGUAUUGAUCUCACCCUUCCCACGAGUAAAAAGUUCAAAUUUAUUGUCAUUCAGCUGUACACAUGUACACUGCCAAACAAAACAAUGUUCCUCCAGAUCAAGGUGCACAACACAGUAAUUCACAUACAACAUAUAAAGUAAUAUUAGCACAAAUAAAUUAACAAAUAAUAAGGUGCAGUUACAUCACAAGCUAAAAAG